AUGGGUCUGCUCUCACUUGGCACGCCUCUCAACUGGAGGGACGCAAAGCCGCUGGCAGGGCACAUUCGUCACCAUGGUAUUCUUCAAUUCCUCAAUCUCUGGCGCGCAAUCAAAGACCGACAUGGCGACAAACUGCUGUGGGGCGACGAGAUCGAGUACAUUGUCGUUUCAUUGGAUGACGAGGGUCGCAAUGCAAAGCUCAGUCUACGACAGGCUGAGAUCUUGCAAGUGCUCUCCGACAGUCACCGCGAGGCGGCGGAGGGAGUAGGCGAAGGUACUGCUCUGGACAUUCCCACCUUCCACCCAGAAUAUGGUAGAUUCAUGCUCGAAAGCACGCCUGGCAGCCCGUACGGUGCAUCCCCCAAGGAGCUACGACAAGUGGAACAGAACAUGCGCGCGCGGCGAAAGAUUGCUCGGAAGCAUCUCAAGCCGAAUGAGCUGCCAAUCACCAUCACAAGCUUCCCGCGGCUGGGCACCAAUGAUGUGCCGUUCACAGAACCGCACUAUGAACCACAUGGGCGAGCGAGCCAGUCGCUCUUCUUGCCGGAUGAGGUGAUCAAUCCGCAUGUACGCUUCCCCACUCUCACCGCUAACAUCCGAAAACGACGGGGGGAAAAAGUGGCUAUCAACAUGCCCAUCUUCCACGACAUUAACACACCUAAGCCAUUCAUCGACCCGACCAUUCCAUGGGACCGCGAUAUCUUCCCAGGUGACAAGGAGGCGAAAGAAGGCGCAGCAAAAGCAGAUCACAUUUACAUGGAUGCCAUGGGCUUUGGCAUGGGCUGCUGCUGCCUGCAAGUCACUUUCCAAGCAUGCAGCGUACAAGAAGCGCGUACAGUCUAUGACCAGCUCAUUCCUGUUGGCCCCCUCAUGCUCGCGCUCACGGCCGCAAGCCCAGCGUACAGAGGUUAUCUUGCUGAUGUCGACUGCAGGUGGGACGUCAUUUCUUCUGCCGUCGACGAUCGGACAAAGGAAGAACGGGGGCUGGCGCCGCUCAAAGACAGUCGGAUGGUCAUGCCCAAGAGUCGGUAUGACAGCGUGGAUUCAUACCUGUCGCAGGACCCCGCCAAUCGGUCCGAGUACAAUGACAACCCUCUACCGAUCGACGAGGACAUCAAGCGUUUGUUGAUGGAGCAAGGAGAAGGCAUUGACGAGCUCCUCGCCAACCACUUGGCUCAUCUUUUCAUCCGCGACCCUCUCGUCAUCUUUAGUGAGAUGGUUGACCUUAAUGAUGAGACGAGCAUGGAUCAUUUCGAGAACAUUCAGUCCACCAACUGGCAGACGAUGCGCUUCAAGCCUCCUCCUCCUGGCGGCCAGAUUGGAUGGAGGGUCGAAUUCAGGAGCAUGGAAGUGCAGGUCACCGACUUUGAGAACGCUGCGUUCAGUAUCUUUGUUGUUCUCCUCACCCGCGCCAUCCUCAGCUUUGGCCUCAACUUCUACAUUCCGAUUUCAAAGGUUGACGAGAACAUGAAGCGCGCGCACAUUCGCGACGCCGUGCACACGCAAAAGUUCUACUUCCGUAAAGAGGUCUUCCGGCAACGGCGACGGCACGGCAACGUCAACCCUGCGGGAGGAUGGGGCAUGCGUUCGCGCGCGAGCUCCGGUGCCGCUUCACCGCGCUCCCAGUCUGUCGGCGCUUCCGGCGCGGCGAGCCCGAAGCGCGGGAUGUUUGAGUUUGACGGCUCCGCCGAGGCAAACAACGUGCGGCUGAGCGUGCUCGUCAAUGGGCACAACAGCGCGCAUGCGACGGCAGGCGCUUCCGGGACAGGGACUGGACACAGGUCGGGCAGAUCAAGCCGGGCGCCGAGUCCGGAGCUUGGACCGGUGGAGGACGAGUAUGAUGAAUUUACAAUGGAUGAGCUUAUAAAUGGCAAGGGUGAACACUUCCCCGGCCUGCUAGGCCUUAUCUAUAACUACCUCGACUCGCUCAACAUCGAUGUCGAAACCCGCUGCGAGAUGAACCUAUACCUUGACCUCGUUGGUGCACGCGCAAAUGGCUCGCUGAUGACGACUGCUACGUGGAUCCGCAAAUUUGUGCGCAGUCACCCAGAGUACAAGGGCGACUCAGUUGUCUCUGCUGGUAUCAACUAUGAUAUGAUCAGACUACUAGACAAGAUCGAGCAAGGAGAGGUGGAAGCACCAUGCUUCCUACCAAAGUUCUAUGCCGCACGCCGGAAAGCAGGCUCGGAUGAUUUGGUUUGA